CCACACCACCACCAAUUGAGGGCUCGCCGUCCCCGGCCCAAUCUAAUAGAUCUUCGCGCCCUAUUAAUCCCAGACAUGGACGUAAUGCCCCCCUCACCUCCUCCCCCGCCCCAGGCCUCAGAAAAGGCCGCCGCAAGGCCAUACAAAUGCCCCUAUCCUCUGUGCGGACGCGCUUUUAGUCGUCUGGAGCACCAGACUCGCCACAUCCGUACCCACACAGGCGAGAAGCCGUUCGAGUGCACGUUCCCCGGCUGCGAGAAACGUUUCUCGCGCUCCGACGAGCUGACGCGGCACUCCCGCAUUCACACCAAUCACGAUGGCGCACAUUACUCCAGCGCAGCGGGCUCCAGCCACCCUGCCCACAAGACGAAAGGCAAGGCGAAGGUCGAGCAUAUAGCCGACGGUGGUAUGGAGAUCAGCGCUGGGAGAUCUUCGGCUGGUAUGUCCCCCACCGACGCUGAAUUUGGUAUCACACGCGGCUCGAGUAUGCGUGUAAAGAAGAAGGCGAGGAGCCGCGCGAAUAGCGACGAUGAGGAUGAAUCAUACGCGCGGCCGACGGCGAUGUAUCCCUCUGACCCCACACUCUUCGACUACCCGCUGUCGCAUCCUCGGCCAGCACAUCAUGCCGAACACAUCCUCCCCAACGCAUCAAAUCCCAAUGCAUUCUCCGCGCUAUCGAGCGUCGCCAUGGAAGAGUUGUACGUCCUUGAGCGUAGCGAGGCUAUGCGGAGAGCCGAAUUCGAGGUUCGCCAUUUGGAGGCGCUAAGGCGAGCGGAAUACGAGGCUCGGCAUGCCGAAAUCAUGUCCUACCACGGCCGUGUCAGCAAGAGCGCGACCACCACGCCCCUCGGAACGCCGUUCUUUGCCGCCCAACCCCCACACAGCGAUGAAGGCGGAUACUUCAGUGUCUCGCGCGAACGCGACAUGGGCCUAGUGGACGAGGAGCCGCUUACGGCUAAACACGGGCGGCGCCGCAGCAUGGGCAGCUCGAAGCGCGACUUCCUAGCUAUGCAUCCGCAUACGUCGGGCCACGUCGUGGACGGCGCGCAUCAUCACCCCCGGGUACACGCGCAUACACACGCGCACCACGCUAAUGGCCACGCAGUAUGGUCGCAUCCCUACCACCACCCAGCGGCGAACAGGCCUCAUCUCCAAGCCGGGCACGAGGACUCGCCGUCGCCGAUCAGCUCCGACUCCGACUCUAUGCAACCAGCUCAUUCGCCUAUGCACGUCUCUCCGGCUGUGCCACAUCAUCCAGCAUCUGUCGACCAUGCUGUGCAUCACCCCUUCGCGAACGGCGCGAAGCCCCCAAGCAAUGCGGAGUUUUCAUUUACUCCGUCGACGAGCCCAUUCCUUGGUGGUCUGCGGACGCUCAACAUCCAUUCCAGCGGCCCGUCGCGGGCCCCUUCACCCUUCCGCCUCCCUCCGCCCUCGCUCGACAGCCCUGUGGACGAGUACGGGCACUACUAUGACCCGCGCACGCGCAGGAUCACGAGCGUGGCCGGCAGCCCACCCUCCUCCAGCGCUAUCAGCGGCCGGAUGGCGAAACGAGGCAGCUCUGGGGACCUCGUGUCGUACGCUGCCGCGCACGGCGUCUCCGUUGACCACUUCGCGAUGCCUCCGCCGAGCUUCCACAUCCCGUACACCAGCGACCGCACCUCGAUCGCGUCACUGCCGACACCGCAACUGUCAAGCGGCCCCAGCAGCAGCGGGAGCAGUCCGCGCAGCCACGCGCACUCGCUCGCACACGAGGGUGGCAGCUCCUCAAGCUCGCGGGCACCGUCGCCCCCUCACCACUCGCGCGCGCCCGGCCACCACCCGCAGGGUCCCGCCAGCCACCACCACCACCACGCGCACCUCGCGCACUCCGUCCGCGCCGCGUUCGGGAUGACGCCCAUCCACCCGCGCCCGCGCGCGGGCCCCCCGGCGUCACACACGGACCCGACGGUGACUCCGUCGCAUUUCGGCGGCUCGGGCGCAGCUUCUGACGCGCACCCGCUGUCGCUCCCGGCGUCUCGCGCGUCGUCGCCUCCGAUCAAGCUCCCGCCGCUCAAGCUUCCGUCCUCGCCGGCGUCCCCGCUGAACCGCCCUGACGCGGGCGCUGCGGCUGCGGCUGCGAAGGAGACGCGCCGGCGCAGCCUCGACGGCGCGGUGAGCGAGAUGACGCUGCACGAGUCGCAGAAGGUCGAGCUGCCGGGCUUCAGCGAGUUCGCGGCCGCCUCGGGUCUCGGCAGCAGCGCGUAGACGGGCGAGAAGCAGCCAGCCAGCCCGCCGCUGCGUGUGCAGGGUGCAGUUAAUGUGGCGUGCGCGGCGGUGCGGCGA